AUAUCKGUUGGCUAGGAUUCRGARCGAUCUCGUAGGAAUGACAUUACUGUCGAAGCCAGGGUUAGCCAUGUUUGCUGUGGCGGCUGUUGGAGUUUCUGCUAUAGCAGGAUAUGGAAUCUACAAAGUUAUAUCUGGAAGGAAUCAGCGUAGAAAAAUCAGAGAAGCAGUCGAUGCAAUGAUUGCUGGUCUUGAUAAAACAAACAUUUAUUUGAAAGACCCUGUUGGAGUGAGGGAAAAGCUUCAAAGAAUGUAUGAAGCAGGAACAGAAAAAUUACAGAUAAUUUCAGAUUUUGAUAAAACCCUUACAAAGUAUACAUUAGUGAAUGGCUUGAAAGGAUGUUCAGUUCAUGGAGUCAUUGAAACAUCCAAGCACUUUCCUGAAUCCUAUAGGGAAAAGGCAUUGGCUCUGAAGAAUAAAUAUCACCCUAUUGAACUAAGCUCUAUGAGUGCUGAAGAAAAAGGUCCUCUUAUGGAAGAAUGGUGGACUAAAGCACAUGAACUAAUCUUGGAUUUAAAUCUUCGCAAAGAAAACCUUGAAGUUAUUGUCAGGGAUGCCGAUAUUGCAUUGAGAGAUGGAGUUGAAUGGUUGUUUGUUAAGUCUCAUGAGAACAAAGUCCCCAUUCUUAUCUUGUCAGGUGGUCUUGCAGACAUUAUCAAAGUUGUCAUCGACCAACAGAGUGAACUGUAUGACAAUGUAGAAAUUGUUGGAAAUUACAUGAAAUAUAAUUCUCAGGGUGUUAUGGACGGCUUUCAGGGUGGACUUAUUUCCAGUAACAACAAACACGAAAUGACAAAGAAUUUGCCCUACUUCCAGAAAACAAAGAAUCGCCCCAACGCCAUUGUGAUGGGUGACCUUAUUCAGGACACAGAUGUUGUCAGCAGCAUCCCCAACCCUGGAGAUGUGUUAACUAUAGGGUUUCUUAAUGAAAAGGUUGAUGAAAGACUUGACAGUUACACUGCUGCAUUUGAUGUUGUCAUUGUGGAUGAUCACAGYAUUCAAGCUGUUGAUGUAGUACUCAUGCAGCUUUUCCAUAUGAAAUGAUGGCCAAACAUACUGGAUUGAUCACUCAUUGACAUAAUAUUAUUUUUUAGUUUUUGCUUAAAUAGGACUUUAUUAGAGUACAAACAUUAAAUGUGUGCAACACUUUCCACUAUUUACUACAAAAUAGUGUAAAUUAAACAAUAGAAAACAAUAGAAUUAGCAUAAUUUAGCAGUAUUUAGUGGUAUUUAUGUUGCACAGUUUUAGUGUUUGUACUCUAUUUAGAACGUUUUAAUACAAUAAAAACAUCAUGUAAUAACAAUAUAAAAACAUGUAAAGGGGAUCAAUGAAAGGAAUCUAAUUCAUUUCUGAAAAUAAACCUAAAUUUAGACAGUCUGGGUCAAGUCUCCUUCACAGCCUCCCCUUUUGUCAUGUCAGGAGGGACAGGAAGCCCGACAAAAGGGGAGGUUGUGAAGGAGACUAGUCUGGGUCUUAUCCUACAUGGUUUCCUGGCCCAGGCCAUUCUUAAAAUCAGGCUCAAGGUUUUUUUUUACAAUGUAAGCCCCUGACUUAGGAAUAAUUAUUCUAGACUUGAUAUAUACAUUUGUGUUUGUGGAUAAUAAUACUGAGAAUAUUUCCAGAGAAGGUCUAGUCACUGAUAUAUACAACAAGACAAGUAAUGAUCUAUAGACCUUUUCUGAAAUACAAAAUCGUAGUACAUUGUGGCCUAGCUUCAGUACAAAGGAUGCCAUAUUUGGCAAACAAAAGAUGUUUGUACCAAAUCUAGACCACAAUGCAAUGCAAACUGCUAUCUCAGAAAAGGCCUAUUGAAUAUAAAGAAAAUUUUAAAACUAAAUUAAUGCCUAUGAUGUAAACUUUACUCUAGAAUGUACAAUUGUAUAAAUUAUGUCUAGUGUUUGGGCUUGAAUGUAUAAAAUAUAUUCACCAUAAUAAAAUGAUAACAUUUUCUUGUUGAGUUA